CGGCCCAGGCCCUGACCCCCUGAAGAGAGAUGAAGAAACCGAAAUUCAGAGAGGUUCAGACACUUGCCCGAGGUCACACAGCUAGUCUUACUGUCCACUCCUCCCACCUUCCCGCUGCACCAUGGCUCCCGGCCCUUUCUCCUCUGCGCUGCUCUUGCCACCACCUGCAGCCCUGUCCUUUCUGCUGCUACUCUGGGCCGGGGCAUCUCAUGGCCAGCCCUGCCCUGGCCGCUGCAUCUGCCAGAACGUGGCGCCCACGCUGACCAUGCUGUGCGCCAAGACCGGCUUGCUCUUUGUGCCGCCAGCCAUCGACCGGCGUGUGGUGGAACUGAGGCUCACGGACAACUUCAUUGCGGCCGUCCGCCGCCGAGACUUCGCCAACAUGACCAGCCUGGUGCACCUCACCCUCUCCCGGAACACCAUCGGCCAAGUGGCCGCGGGCGCCUUCGCUGACCUCCGUGCCCUCCGGGCCCUGCACCUUGACAGCAACCGCCUGGCCGAGGUGCGCGGCGACCAGCUCCGCGGCUUGGGCAACCUCCGCCACCUGAUUCUCGGGAACAACCAGAUCCGCCGGGUGGAGUCGGCCGCCUUCGAUGCCUUCUUGUCCACGGUGGAGGACCUGGAUCUGUCCUACAACAACCUCGAGGCCCUGCCCUGGGAGGCCGUGGGCCAGAUGGUGAACCUGAACACCCUCACGCUGGACCACAACCUCAUCGACCACAUCGCGGAAGGCACCUUCGUGCAACUUCACAAACUGGUCCGCCUGGACAUGACCUCCAACCGCCUCCAUAAACUGCCCCCCGACGGGCUCUUCCUGAGGUCCCAAGGCCCCGGGCCCAAGCCGCCCACGCCGCUCACGGUAAGCUUUGGAGGCAACCCCCUGCAUUGCAACUGCGAGCUGCUCUGGCUGCGCCGGCUGACCAGGGAGGAUGACUUGGAAACGUGCGCCACCCCCGAGCACCUCACUGACCGUUACUUCUGGUCCAUCCCCGAGGAGGAGUUCCUGUGCGAACCCCCGCUGAUCACACGGCAGGCGGGGGGCCGGGCCCUCGUGGUGGAGGGCCAGGCAGUCAGCCUGCGCUGCCGUGCGGUGGGUGACCCUGAGCCGGUGGUGCAUUGGGUGGCGCCUGAUGGGCGGCUGCUGGGGAACUCCAGCCGGACCCGGGUCCGUGGGGAUGGGACGCUGGAUGUAACCAUCACCACCUUGCGGGACAGCGGGACCUUCACUUGCAUCGCCUCCAACGCCGCGGGAGAAGCCACGGCGCCCGUGGAGGUGUGCGUGGUGCCACUGCCCCUGAUGGCGCCCCCGCCGGCUGCCCCGCCGCCUCUCACCGAGCCCGGCUCCUCUGACAUCGCCACGCCUAGCCGCCCUGGUGCCAAUGAGUCCGCUGCUGAGCGCCGGCUGGUGGCGGCGGAUCUCACCUCCAACUCUGUGCUCAUCCGCUGGCCGGCGCAGAGGCCGGUGCCUGGCAUCCGCAUGUACCAAGUCCAGUACAACAGCUCCGCUGAUGACUCCCUCGUCUACAGGAUGAUCCCCUCCACCAGCCAGACCUUCCUGGUGAAUGACCUGGCGGCAGGCCGCGCCUACGAUUUGUGCGUGCUGGCCGUCUACGACGAUGGUGCCACGGCGCUGCCCGCCACGCGCGUGGUGGGCUGCGUGCAGUUUACCACGGCUGGGGAUCCCGCGCCCUGCCGCCCGCUGAGGGCCCACUUCUUGGGCGGCACCAUGAUCAUUGCCAUCGGUGGCGUCAUCGUCGCCUCGGUCCUCGUCUUCAUCGUUCUGCUCAUGAUCCGCUACAAGGUCUAUGGCGACGGAGAUGGCCGCCGCGUCAAGGGCGCCUCCAGGUCACCCCCGCGCGUCAGCCACGUGUGCUCGCAAACCAACGGUGCAGGCGCGCCCCCGGCCCCGCCGCCGGCGCAGGAGUGCUACGUGGCGCUCCGCGAGGAGGCGUCCCCGGCGGCGGCAGCGGCCGUGGAGGUGGAAGCCAAGACCGCGGUGGUGGAGCCGGCAGCUUCCGCAGACCCAGAGGCCGCCUUUGGACGCUCCCUGGGCGGCUCGGCCACCUCGCUGUGUCUCCUGCCAUCGGAGGAAGCCUCUGGGGAGGAGUCUCGAGCCGCCGCGGGCCCUCGGAGGAGCCGCUCAGGGGCCUUGAAGCCGCCAGCUGCGGCGCCCUCCACGCUAGCCCUGGUUCCCGGGGCGGCCCGGCCUCGGCCGCAGCAGCGCUAUUCGUUUGACGGGGACUACGGGGUGCUCUUCCAGAGCCACAGCUACCCGCGCCGCGCCCGGCGGACAAAGCGCCACCGGUCCACACCGCACCUGGACGUGGCCGGAGCGGGCGUGGCCGGGGAGGACGGAGAGCUGGGGCUGGGCUCUGUCCGCGCGCGCCUGGCCUUCACCAGCACCGAGUGGAUGCUGGAGAGUACCGUGUGAGCGGCUGGCGGCGGCGGGCACCGGGGCCUCCCGGUGCCACGGACAGGACAAACGCUGAGCUGGCUGCCCAGGCCCUGGGGCAGGACUGGAGGGAAAAAGCACAGCGCCGAGACCUCUGACUGGAGGGGAGGUAGGCCCUUCUCCCGAGGGGGCGCUGCGCCUCCGGCUAAGGCUCCAGGCCAUGCACCGUGUCCUGGGGAGUUAGGGAGCAGGCCGCCGGGCUCUCCUCCCGGGAGAACUCCUCGCCCCCUCUUGUCCCUCCCCCAGCGCGCUCGCGGACCUCGCCGGAGCUGGUGCCUUACACAGCGAAGCGCGGGGAGGGGCAGGGCCCCCCCACACUGCAGCACUGAGACACGAGCCUCCUCCCCCUGCCCGGGACCAGGGGCAGGGACGAGGGGCCCAUUUCUUGUAUCUGGCUGGACUAGAUCCUAUUCUGUCCCGCGGCGGCCUCCAAAGCCCCACCCCCCAGCCCAGUCACCUCUCUGAUCCCGUAGGGUCUGGCUUGGGGUCCCCCUUUUCUCUGUUCCCCUCUUCUGUGUCUAUCCUGCUCUCUUGUCUUCUCUGUCUCAUGUCUCUGCUCUUCUCUAUUUGUCUCUUUUUUCUCUGUCCCGUCGUCUCUUCUCCUGCCCUCCCACAUUUUGUCCAGUCUCUUUGUCUCUCCGGGAUUACCUCCCCCCACUACACAUUCUCCCGGGCAGGUCCCACUGGAAGGACCAGACUCUCCCUAUUCCUUCCUUUUUCCUCAAGUAAAUCCCCACAUGAAUAAAAUCCAAAACAAAGUCCUCCCUACGGAGCCAGGACCCCCGCCGCAGCAGAAUUAAAUUUUUUUCUGUGUCCGA